CGCCUUCUCUCUUCCCUCCAGCGCUCGCUGGUUCAUCGCCUCAGCUGCCUCGUACUUACCCUGCUUCUGCAGUACUAGCGCCAGAUUAUCCAUGCUAGUCAGCGUCGAGGGGUGCUCUUUCCCUAGCGCCUUCUCUCUUCCCUCCAGCGCUCGCUGGUUCAUCGCCUCAGCUGCCUCGUACUUACCCUGCUUCUGUAGUACUAGCGCCAGAUUGCUCACGCUAGCUAGCGUUGAGGGGUGCUCUUUCCCCAGCGUCUUCUCUCUCCCCUCUAGCGCUCGCCGGUUCAUCGCCUCGGCCGCCUCGUACUUUCCCUGAUAUAGUAGCACCAACGCUAGAUUGUUUACGCUGGCCAGCGUGUCGGGAUGUUCUUUUCCCAGCGCCUUCUCUCUUCCCUCCAGCGCUCGCCGAUUCACUGCCUCAGCCACCUCGUGCUUUCUCUGUGCCUUCUCUCUUCCCUCCAGCGCUCGCUGGUUCAUCGCCUUGGCCGCCUCGUACUUUCCCUGGUACAGCAGCACCGACGCCAGAAUGCUCACGCUGGUCAGCGUGUCAGGGUGCUCUUUUCCUAGAGCUUUCUCAUAUCCUUCCAGCGCUCGCUGGAUCAUCGCCUCGGCCGCCUCGUACUUUCCCUGCUUCUCUAGUACCAACGCCAGAUUGCUCACGCUAGCCAGCGUGUUAGGGUGCUCUUUCCCCAGUGCCUUCUCACUUCCCUCCAGCGCUUGCCAGUUCAUCACUUCCGCCUCUUCGUACUUGCCUUGGUGCUCUAAUAUUCUUGCUAGGUUGCUCAUGCUUGUCAGCGUAGAAGGAUGCUCUAGCCCAAGAACCUCCUUGCUUGUUCCCAAUGUCUUCCUAUGUCUCAAUUCUGCCUCCUCAUAUUUACCUUGGCUGUCCAGUACAAGCGCCAAGUUGUUCAUUGUCAUCAACGUGGAAGGAUGUUCCUCGCCGAGUAUCCUCUUUCUCGUCCCUAUCACCUCCAACAGUAGCUUCUCAGCAUCCUUCAAUCGGCCUUGAUUCCAAUAUGUUAACGCCAAGUUGGCCAUGCUGGUCAGCGUGUCGGGAUGUUCAUUCCCAAGAGCGCCUUGCCGAGCAAACACAACCUGUUGGAAUAGUUUCUCAGCCUCGUCCCAUAGCCCUCGCAUUUCAUAAUCUAUAGCCAAAGCUGUUUUGGAUCUCAACUGCCUAUCCUCUUCAUUCUCCUCUGGAGAAUUCGAAUCAAACUCGGACUGGUCCUCGAUAGUCUUUACUCUAGUCCAGUCUUCUUUGUAUGUUGAUGAAUUCAAAUAGACUUCCAACUGGGGAUUCCAUGAUGGAAAUAGCAGGUUCGCUGAUUUGAUGAAACCGACAAAAGUAUAUGCCGGGCUCUUGAGUAGUCUAUCCCAAAUGAAAAUAGGGAGAGAAAUCAGCAGGAGAGUUGAGUUGCUGAGAAACUGCGCUUCCAGUUUGAUCAAGUCACGUAUCUUUAAUCGUCCAAGUGCGUGAGUCGACUCGACAUCGUGAGGCGCAAGAUCAUGACACCAGUCUUGCCAAGAUGACAGAUUGGGUACGUGUUCUUUGUCCUUGAGUCUUACUGCGAGUAAGACCACUGUUUCGGUCAUCGAUUGAUCAAAGCCAGGAGUAGUAUCU